UCUUUGACCAAUGCUCAGUUUGAAUUCCAUCAUAUGCCAUCCCAUUUGCUCAAGCUCAGAUCUUCAACCAACAUCCCAUUAUACGUUCCAGUUAGUAUUAAUGAGAAAAAAAAUGAACAGAAUACUUAUCACAUGUCACUG